AUAUAUAAUGUUCAUUAGUUAAGUUAAUUUAAGUUAAGGAAAACCAAACGCUGUUUACUAUAAAACUUUCCUGUCCUGCAUCUUUUAAAAAGACCUUUUAAAAAUAAUCAGAAAUUUAUGGGGACUUCUGAGGUUUAGUGGCGGCUUCAGUAAUACGCACUCUGUCUACUAUCUAGCGCUCUAAUACUCUAAUAUGUACAGUAUAUCUGUGAAAAUACAUGCGCAUAUAUGAAUGCUAAUGAUCUCUUCAACCUACUUCCUGCCCACAUUGUUAUAAAUAAACCCAAAGACACGCCUCCCGAACGCACUGAAAUGAUUAAUCACAUCGUGGAUAAGGCAUCCAUGCUGUGUAUGUACUGUACGCACUGGCAAUGUCAACUAAGCAUCCUCUGACCCUCUGUACCUGGGAAGAACUGAAAACACGUUUUGCCUUUGUAUGACCCACCCACCCACACACACACACGCACACACAAAACAUUCAUAAAUGAGCGUCCUGAGGCAUGAAAACUUGACAUUGCUGGCAGGUUACAGUCAUUAGGAACUCAACUCAAUCUAUCAGACAUGUUCAAAGUCACAGGCAACACACACACACACACACACUAGGGGUGUCCUAUGAGUCAGAUCUUUUGAACCAAGUCAUGUUUCCUAAACUUUUAUAGCAAAAUAGGGUCAUCCAUACUACCAUACUAAAUAGUAUAUCAGUAUAGUGUGCUACCCAUAAUGCUGUACUAAAGAGUAUAUUAAAAUAGUAUGGAACCCAAACUACCAUACUGAAUAGUAUGUUAAAAUAGUAUGGAACCCAUACUACCAUACUAAAUAGUAUAUCAAAAUGGUGUAGCACUCAUACUCACAUACUAGGUCAGAUGAAUAUUUAACCCCUACUGCCUUACUAAAUAGUAGUCUGGCACCUGUACUGUCAUACUACAUAGAGUCAUAGUAAUAUGACAUCCAUCCUGCUUCAUCAAAUAUUAUGUAUUAAAUACUAUGUUAAAGAUUCUGCCGUACAAGCCACAUAGAAAAUAGCACGCCAUCCAUACUACCGUACUAUGUAGCAUGCAUACUAGAUCCAUCAUCCAUACCAUACUGUACCACCUCUAUAGUACUCUGGCAUUUUAAAUGUAGGCAACACAGCUACGCAUCCUGUGUGCUGUCCUUGGCAGUGCCUGUGCAAAAACUAGCUCGCCAUUCAUAAGAUCAGAUUGAGAUCAGAUAUCUGUUUUUUCCUCUCUCUCUCUCUCUCUCUCUCUCUCUCUCUCUCUCUCUUUCUCUUCCUUUUCUCACUGCCAAAAAAAACCCAAAACAAAAACAGCUGAUCUGAAACCAGCACUGCAGCUCCAAGAAACUGCAGUGCAGAAAGAACAGGGCGAGUGGAACAGAAUGAAGUCCAACUUAGAAAAAAAAAGAUGAGGGAGGAAUGAUGAGUGGAUGAGAGAGAGAGAGAGGGAGAGAGAGAGAGAAAGGGAGAGAGACAGAGCGAGAGAAAGGGAGAGAGAAUGUCGGGCAGCCAGAGGAGAAAAGUUGAGUUAGAGCCAGAUUUUCUUCAGCAGUGAGACGGAGGCUCGUGUGUUUAGUCUGCAGUAAAAGAAAGCGCACUGCUGUUCUGCUGUUCUGCUGUCCCGGGAUAGAGUGUGUGUGUGUGUGUGUGUGUGUGUGUGUCUGUGUGUGCGUGUGCAUGUGUGUGUGUGUGCGUGUGUGUGUUCUAUGACUGACGGUGUGAGUCUGCACGUGUGCUAGAACAUCAGGAGCAGAAGAGCACCGGUAUAUAUCCUGAAGACGAUUUCACUUUUAGAUCGUACUGUCCUCUGGAAUUCUUUCUAUAGGACACAGAGAGCGUUACCUGAGCAUCGGAAGAGCCUCUUAUAAAGAGGUACACACACGACCCAGGAUCUUUCCUCAUAAAUUGGAACUUCUGUUAGGACACCCUUGCACCUUGCACCAAACUCUGAAGGAAGCACCCAGAGUUCUUGGAAAAUAUACCACGGUGUGAUCCAGGUGUGCACCCAAACCACCAAGGCCUUGGAGACAGAAAUUCUGGGAGACGGACAGAAUACUAAGGAGCGGAGAACAGAGAGCGGAAGAGAAACGUUGGAACGGACUGUGAGAUGGAGAUCCUGAAAGGAAGAAGGUUCCUGCCAGAAAGGAGCUCCGUCAGCCUUCUCCUGCUUGUCAUGUUCAGUGUGUAUGGUACAUUGGAGGCAUUGGAGAUGAACACUGGUAAGGUCCCCUUUUUGGAGGCGGUGAACGGUAGUGACGUCCUGCUGCCCUGCAUCUACGCCAGUUGCAUCGGCAUCGAAAAACUGUACGUCAAAUGGGAGUUCAAUGACAACGGCACCAUGGUAAAGGUGAUGGACUCCGUGAUCCCAACGGAUCACGCAGAGCCAGUGAACAUGCAUAUUUCGUGGGACCGUGUGGCAUUUAUGGGUGCCAGUAAGACAAACAAUGUGUCCAUUAUGAUCUGGAAUGUGACCUUCGAGGACGCUGGCCAGUACACGUGCUUCGGCAAGAACCCCAAAGAGAUGGGCAAGAACCACAGUGCCAUCUUCACACUCUACGUGGUGGAUGAACUACGGGUUGUGGAUAACACUCUGACCAUGAUCAUCGUGUCGUGUGUGGGAGGCGGCAUAGCUCUGCUGGUGAUCUUCAUGCUGCUCAAGAACCUCACGCUCUUCGUCCUUGCCAAGGUCGAGGAGAAAAAUAAGGAGUGCCUCGUCUCCUCAGGGAUCGAUAAUACGGAAAACGGACUGUCCGGCUCCAAAGUGACACCCAAACCUACGCCAAAGAAAGCCUGAGAGUGACACACACACACACACACACACACAUAUAUAUAUACACAAAUGCACACUUUAGUCAACAUCCUGACCCCUUCCUGUCUGGUCACAUCUCUGUUUUGAAGAGAAAAGAAAAAAAACACACAGUUCAGUGUGACGCAUUUAUACAUUUAGCAAUUUAUUAUUUGUAUAUUUCACAAAUAAGCGCAAACGUGAACGACGAGUACAGGCCGUAUCGAGGUGUGCAAAUAUUGCAUCUCGUUACAUUCAAAACAAAACAAAACAGAACAACAACAUAUGUACACAGUUAACUCAGCCGAACUCACGCAGUUGAGACUGCAUGAAGCGAAUUUGUCGUAAAAAUGUAUUUAUCCCAUCAUUGGAAUUUAGAUUUAUUUGUUUGUUUUUGCGUAAGAUGAAACCAGGUGCCUGUAGACGCUUCUGUCGCCACCUAGGGGUGGGGAGGACUACACUAAUGCAACACACGCGCGCACACACAAAAAGAGUAAAAAAAAGAAAUAAAUGCAAACAAAACAGAAUGCAACAAUAAAAACAGAAAACAUAUAGAUGCUGCUAGCUGAUGAACGAAUACUUGAAAAUCUAUAGAAAAUAGAUCGUUUUCCCCUGGAAAACACAAGUGCAAAUAAAACACUGAACAUGCUGCUUUUAAUUCAAAUUAAGCGAUGCUUUUUCUAGCAUGGUGACAGCCAACACAUUUUUAUUAUAACAGUAGAGGAAUACAAUAUAUAAAUAAAUAUAUAUAUGUACUGUAACAGUGUUUACUAGAACAGUAGAUGAAUAUACUUAGUAAUUUUUUUAUUACCUAACAUAAUAACUUAUUAAACUCAGAUAGUCCGCACUGUAAUACGAAUGUACGCUGAUAUAAAUAAAAACACACGCAUAUCAAAAUGAUCGCCACUCAGCAAACUUACAAAUGCAAUAUUCUGACAUUUUAACCAGCAUGGGAUCAGUGUAGGCUUAUUAAUAAUAAUAAUAAUAAAAAAUACAUUGCUGUAAUGUAUAUAAGCUUUGCCCUGUGUAACAUAUAAAACUAACGAACACUGUAUAUUUUUUUGUUCAGUUUGGGGGUCAGUUUGCUACGUAACCAGGUAAAGUACGUGCAGAUGUUCUACUACUAAAAUACAGUAGGUACUGAUUCAGUAAAUGUAGAAUGUAAAACAGGAAACUGUUUGAAAUACGAUGCAGUGCAGGGUUUGCACACGGACCGAUGUCUUGUUUUGUCAUUAUUUUCCCUCCACAAAGUCAUAAAAACACCACUAAUUCAACAGAAAGCGUUUUUUGUUGUUGUUGUUGUUGGGGUAUUUUGUAAAUAAUGUUAAUGUCAUGAUUUAGCUAAUGUUGGCACAACGAUUUUCCAACAUUAAGGUUUGAACGCCAGAGGAAUCUCGGCAGCAGCCGGUUUAGACUGAUUUUACUCGGCUGUGGUCACGUUUAGUCGUCUGAAACCUUCUGACUAGGAGAAGACGUUCACGCCAAUUUCCAAGAUGGAACUCCAAGUCGGACUUUUGGGAGUCAGCCCCAAUUUCUCUUAAAAUAUGAUUACAAAAAAAACAACUUCAUUAUUUCAGUUUAUAUGAAUUAUUUUUUAAAAACAUUCAGUUCUCCUAAUGUUUAGGAGAACAUGUGUUAAUGCUUAGCAUUUACACAUCUAUACGCUAACGCUAGCUAAUUAAUUAAGAGUUGAUUAGACACUACAGUUGCCAUUUUUAUUUCGGAAAUGAGAAGCCGCACAAAUCGGAAGUUUUCCUCCCUUCUGAGUUUUGCGCCCAUGACCGAAAUGUGACAUACGUCCUACUGUUUAACAAAUCUCCUGUUAAACACAUUGCUAACUUUAGCUAGUUACUGUAGCUAGCCUGGUUUUGAUUUGGGUAUUGGUUUUCUUCCUAGAAAUGACUCCUAUUGUAAAACCCUACAUAAUGCAACCAAAUAUAAGAGAAAAGACGUUCCAGUGCCUGGAAUACUGCCGAUUACUAGUAAAAAAAUAAAAAUAAAUAAAAUUUCUAUUAUAAAUUACAGUAAUAAGUUUGAAGCGUGGGUUUCUGGAACUCACUCACAGUUGUGAUCACGGCUUGAAAAGACAUUUUAUCGUGGUCCGUGUUCGUCAGAAACGACGUCAACCUGAGCAGAUCUGCAGUUUAACUCAAAGUUGACGCGUUCUAGACUCCUUUACUGACUCGCUGCUCAGGAUUUGUGCAA